ACAUGUCUAAUUUUCAGGAACCUGGAGAUAAUCACGUAGACCAAAGCAGGUUUACAUAUAUUCAGCUGCUGUCAGUCAGCUUGUUCAGUCUGUGGCGGGACGACAGCGAGUAGAGAAGAGAACUCUGGGAAAUAAACGAGGCUUGUAGGUCAGAAAGAAAGACAUGCAGUCAAUAUUUGGAAAAAAUGGAUCAGAGACUCCUGAGCCAGUGAAAGCUCAAGUGAAAGGCUCCAUCCCGUCAUGGCUGCAGGGAACUUUGCUCAGGAAUGGACCUGGUCUUUUCUCCGUGGGCAGUUCCGAGUACAACCACUGGUUUGACGGCAUGUCGCUCAUCCACAGCUUCACCUUCAGCGAGGGUGAGGUGACUUACAGAAGUAAGUUUCUGAAGAGCGACACCUACAAGCGAAACAUCAAGGCCGACAGGAUCAUCGUAACCGAGUUUGGAACCAUGGUCUACCCAGAUCCCUGCAAAAACAUCUUCGCCAGGGCAUUCACACACCUCUGCAACAUCAUCCCAGACUUCACCGACAACAACUUGAUCAACAUCAUUCGCUACGGUCAGGACUACUACGCCUCCUCCGAGAUCAACUACAUUAACCAGAUCGACCCUGUUACUCUGGAAACUGUCGGCAGGAUAAACUACAGGAACCACAUCGCUCUUAACUUGGCAACGGCUCAUCCUCACUAUGACAGCGAGGGCAACACCUACAACAUGGGCACCGCCAUCAUGGGCUUCGGUUGGCCUAAAUACGUCAUCUUCAAAGUCCCAGCAGACGCAUCAGACAAGGAGCAUAAAAGGCCGGCGUUGAGGAAAGUGCAGCAGGUCUGUUCGAUUCCGUUUCGAUCCACUCUGUUCCCGAGCUACUUCCACAGCUUCGGCAUGACCGAGAACUACAUUAUUUUUGUGGAGCAGCCCUUGAAGCUGGACAUCGUCAAACUAGCCACCGCCUACUUCAGAGGAGUCAACUGGGGGAGCUGCCUCAAAUUCGACAAGGAUGACAUUACACUGUUUCACGUCAUCAACAGAAACACAGGAAAGAAGGUGAGCACCCGUUUCUAUGCCGACGCAUUGGUGGUUUUCCACCACAUCAACGCCUACGAGGCCGACAACCAUGUGGUGUUCGACCUGAUCGGCUACAAAGACAGCAACCUGUACGACAUGUUCUACAUCCAAAACAUGAAACAAGAAACCGACAGCUUCAUCGACUCCAACAAGAAAUUCUCCCCACCGGUCUGCCAGAGAUUUGUUCUGCCGCUCAGCAUCCACAAGGAAUCUCCCAGAGGAACCAACCUAGUGACACUGACGGACACGACAGCUCAGGCGGUGGUGCAGGAGGACGGAUCCGUCUACUGCCAGCCCGACGCUCUAUUCGAAGGGCUGGAGCUCCCGGGGAUCAACUACAAUUUCAAUGCUAAAAAGUACAGAUACUUCUAUGGUUCCAGGGUGAAGUGGUCUCCUCAUUCCAACAAGAUCGCCAAGAUCGACAUUGUCACCAGGGAACACAUCGAGUGGCAGCAGGAGAACUGCUACCCCUCAGAACCGGUAUUCGUCGCGUCUCCAGGAGCCGUGGAGGAAGACGACGGAGUGAUCUUGUCAUCCAUCAUCUCUCCAGAUCCAAACAUUUCUCCGUUCAUGCUUGUCCUCAACGCCAAAAACUUUGAGGAGAUCGCCCGGGCCUCCAUCCCUGCUAGUGUCCACAUGGACCUUCACGGACAUUUCAUCUCUGCUGCCAUUUAGCCACCAACAACCGACCAAUCAGCUAGCUAAUUAUUUAUUUCUUCAUGUAAAUAUUUUGUUUCUGUGUAAAUACAUUCUUUAUGCACUUUAAAAAAACUGAGGUGAAUAUUUAACACAGUUCUGUAAGAUAACUUAUGAAAGCCUCCUUCCUGAUACUGAGAGGAUGGACAGAGGACAGAGAAAAAGAUCUUUAAAACUACAGAUCUUGCAGGGUGUCAAGGGAAAACUGUUUCUGUGUUGCUCUGAAUGAAUAAAGAUCAGGCAGCAGAUACGUUUUUGUAUGAGAUACUCAAUUAAACCGACCAAAACCAUUUCUAAUUGUUGAAAUAGUUUGAAAUUCACAUUUUUUCUGUAUAUAUAGAUGUGGAGUUUUAGAAUACAAGUUUGUAUAUUU